AUGGAUAGUAUGGAACAAGAUAUACGAAGGGUUCUUAAUGGGAAUCCUAGGAUUGAGUUAGAUGAAAUACCCAGAGUAGAGGAAGUGAGACUACCUAGAGUGGAAGUGGAACCUCCUAGAGGCAGAAUAUCAGAAGAACUGGGCAAGGACCUUAAGAAAGUGACCCCACCAAAGUUUGACGGGAAAAUCAUAGGUGACAGUGCAGAGGCAUGGAUCAUAGAGAUGGAGAAGUACUUUCUGCUUAGAGACUUAUCUGAUGAGAGUAAAGCUAUAUGGGUUGCCUACCAACUCUUAGGAGAAGCUGCUACUUGGUGGGACAAUGAGAGAGCACAACAUAACUUUCAACCCAGAGAACUUACUUGGAACCUUUUCCUUCAACUUUUUCAAAGCAGGUGGCUCCCACAACACUUCUUCAAUAGUAAGAUAAAGGAGUUUCAAAAACUAACUCAAGGAAACAUGACAGUGACUCAAUACUGGGAAAAGUUCUCACACUUGAUAAAGUAUGUGCCACAAUACCAGACAAAUGAGAACUUUAGAAUCUGCAAGUUCAUCUUAGGAUUGCAACCGCAAAUAGGAGCAGAAGUGGAAAUGCAUAGUCCAGAGACCAUGGCAACCGCAUUUGAGAAGGCAACUAUGCAAGAACAAAAGAACCUGAAGAGGAACAAUACUGGGGACAAUAAGGGUCAGAACUUCAAUAAGAACUUCAACAAUAGAGGAAACAAUAAUUAUGGCAAUAAUAGGUACAAUGAUAGAAAUAACAAUGGGAAGGAUAAGCCAGAGUAUAAGAUGGGACCCAGAGGUGGAUGUUUCAUCUGCAGAGGAAAGCAUUAUGCUAAUCAGUAUGAUCAACGCACAGUGGAAAAAGGAAGAGAAAUACAGCCACAUCACCAGAUUCAUGCCGCAGUUGACAAUCGCCAAGCAGACUUCCAAGCCUCGCCUAUCCAACUUGAUGGUAUUUUUGGUCAUGCAGUUUCCAUUCUUAUAGAUACAGGUGCUAUUGAAUGUUUUGUGGAUCCUAGAGUUGUAUCUAAGUUAAAUGUUAAGCCUGGUUAUAUGUCUAAACCUUGGAAUGUUCAAUAUGGGAACCGGGCAGAGCGGAGGGUAGACCAAUGUUUGAUAUGCAGUGAAUUACUACUUCCCAACUUCCUCACUGAAGUAAAUCUUUAUGUAGCUCCAUUAGGAAGUUAUGAUGUCAUCUUAGGAAUCAAUUGGUUGACCGAGCAUAAGGCUAUAGUAAAUUGUGAGGAUAAACUUGUGGAGUGUUUUGAUGACUUAGGCAAUCAAAUAAAGAUACAAGGGGAUAAGAAGCCUUUGCAACUUAGACAAAUUUCUACAAUGCAACUUAAGAAGGCCCAAAGGAAAGGUUGUGAAAUUUACUCAGUGCACAUUAAGGAUCUAAGGGAGGAUAACAUGGGACUUGAUACACACCCUAUCCUUCAAGAGUUCCAAGAUGUCUUCCUAGAGGAAUUGCCAGGAUUGUCACCUAAGAGGGAGUUUGAUUUUACUAUUGACUUGCACCCAGGGACUGAACCCCAAUCUAAGGCACCUUACAGGAUGGCAACCACGGAGUUAUACGAGCUAAAGGUGCAGUUGCAAGAGUUAAUGGACAAGGGUCUAAUUAGGCCCAAGUCUGGGUACCAUCAGCUUAGAAUAAGGGAUACAGAUAUACAAAAGACAGCUUUUAGAACUCAUUAUGGACAUUAUGAGUUUGUGGUGUUACCCUUUGGAUUGACAAAUGCUCCUGCAGCCUUUAUGAACCUUAUGUACAGUGUUUUUAGAGAUUGUCUAGAUGACUUCGUCCUGAUUUUCAUAGAUGAUAUCCUCAUCUAUUCCAGAUCUAUAGAGGAGCAUGAGAAGCAUUUGAGAAUAGUCUUGCAACGACUAAGGGAACAUAAGCUCUAUGGUAAAUUGUCUAAAUGUGCCUUCUUCCAAAAGAAAAUACACUACCUAGGGCACAUCAUUUCCAAAGAUGGAGUCUCCGUCGAUCCUGAGAAGAUCAAGGCAAUCACAGAAUGGCCAGCCCCUCGAAGUGUUCCUAAGGUUCGCAGUUUCAUGGGGUUAGCUGGAUACUAUAGGAAGUUUGUAGAAGGGCUCUCUAAGAUUGCAGCUCCUAUUACUACACUCCAAAGGAAGGGAAGAAAAUUUGAUUGGAUGGAAGAAUGUGAGCAAGCCUUCAACUUAUUAAAAUAG